GUUUGUUUGUGUUUAAAUGACUGCGGACACUAAAUCCAUUCGCCAAUCUUACAAUUUGAGGUGUAGUGUGUGUGUGUGUAGAGUAAUUGUCUUGAUACUUAGCAAAGUCGACGUCAUUGUCUUUGCUAAGAGACGCUAAUUGUAUCCGAACGUCUGCGGUCCCUCCGGUGUGUACCGAUCACACAAGGAUAGAAAUUAUUUUCAUUUAUUAAUUUUUUUUUUUUUUUUUUUUUUUUUAAUAAACGAAAAUUUCCACCCAGGUGGGAUUCGAACUCACGACCUUUAGAUUUAAAGGCAGGCGCUCUUACCACUGAGCCACAGAGGGGGUUAAGAAGUAACGUUGUGCACUCAAUGAAAACCGUUGAUCAUUAAUCACUAAUUUAAGCAGAUUCCGUUGAUAUGAAUUUUAGGCUCGUAGAAGUUCUACCCUCUUACUACACUAUAAUCCCCAGCUGAGCGAAUGGCAAAGAAUAUAUUCUUUGAUUGUAGGUUAAGAGUUAUCACUGGGCGAUGCGAUUUUGUGUUCAAUUUAUUUGUUAGUUAUGCAAUUUAACAUUGAAAUUAAGGAAGAGUCUGUUAAAUGUAGCCAAAGACACAUGGAGAAUCAGCUUUUCACAUCAACCGAUGGUGGAGACUCAAAGAAUGAACCAGCAGCUAGGGCAGUAAAAGUUGAAAUUAAGGAGGAGUUUGUUGAAAGUGAACCAAGAUAUAUAGAGAGUCAGGUAUCCACCUCCCUUGAUCUGGGAGACUUAAAGAUUGAACCAGAUGAGUAUAACUCAAAUAGGACAAAAACUGAAAUUAAGAAGGAGUUUGUUGAAGGUGAUCCAAGAUAUAUAGGGAGUCAGCCAUCCACCUCCCUUAAUCUGGGAGACUUGAAGAAUGAAGAUACCUUAGGUGGGAUAAAUAAUAAAAAUAUUUAGAUAUUUUUAUUCAUUUUCC